AUGGCGACCGAAGUGCCGUUCACCGCCGACGCCGUACGCAGUAUAGAGCUAAUUCCUUGUGCACAUGCGCCCACCAAACCACCAGCCCACGUCUACGACAAGAUCAUUACCGUCGCGGUCGGACCGGACAAUGCCAAGAAGAAGUUCAAGAUCUAUCGCGGGCUCCUGUGUCACUUCUCCAGCUACUUCGAUCGCAUGCUCAACGGUUCUUUCCGGGAAGGUGGCUCAACGUACCUUCGACUAAAGGAUACCGACGCCGACACCUUCGACGUGUUCUUCUAUUGGCUCAAUUCUGGUGUUGUAGGUCUGGCGGACAGCGGAGGCCUUCUGGACUGGGGGAAGGUGAUGAAGGCCUACGUGUUCUCCGACUUUCAUCAGGCGCCUAUCUUCAAGAACGCUGUCUUGGAAUCUUUAUACACUCAGACACAAACGACUUUUACACCUUGUGAGAACUUUAUCAACAACAUCUACACCUCCUUCAAAGAAAGCAACUCCAACACUAUUACGAUGAGCCACCCAUUAGCAUGGUGCGCACACCCGUGGACCGCGCCUACCAUCACCAACAAGCACGACACAGUCACGAUCAAGGUUGGCGCCGGCAGCAAUAUCCAGCAGUAUGACCUACAUGUCGAAGCACUCAGAGCGCGCUCGCGACACUUCCAUGAGGCCCUUUCAGACUCCUCAAACGAGGAGCGCACAGCGAUCCACCUCGCGUGCUCUACGCCAAUGCGAUUCGACGUCUUCGCCAACUGGCUCUACAACGGCAGCCUAGACUCCAGCAAUGACUCCAGCUCGAGAUACCUCUUCUUAUGCGAACUCCACGUAUCUGCCGACACCUUCGAUAUCCCGCUCCUGCGCAACAAGAUUGUGGACGUGUUCUUCAACAAGCUUUUGCGCGACGCCCAGCCACUUCCAUACAAUAUCAUGAAGUACAUCGAGGAGCAUCUGAGGGACUCUGCUUUGAGGACCAUGAUGCAAGACAUCAUGCUGAACUGCGGUGAGACGGAGGACAUGGCCGAGUGGAAGGUCAAUCUUGCGAAGGGCUUCAGGAUGGAAGGUGGUAGAAACAAAAACGUCGCUGAGACAAUUGUCAGGAAUUCAGAUGUGAGAGAAUACUUGGUCGCAUUGAGGGGUAAGGUAUGCGAGAAAUAUCACGAGCAUGUGGAGAGAGAUGAGAUGGUCGUGGAACGUGAGGAGAUGUGGUUCUUCGACCCACCUCUGAAAUAG